AUGUCUAGCGACCCGCGCCUUGGGUCUCAGCGGCUGCCCGUCUCACUCCCCGCCCUCUGGCCUGAACCCGAAACUACUCCAAGCCUCCGGGAUUUCCUGCGGGGGCGUGGAGGGUCGAGGGCAAUCGUUGGCAGCUACUCCAGACCCCAGCCGGCCGCCAGUGGGUGGCCGCCAGUGGAUAAAGAUAGAGAAAAUGAAAAAGAGAAAAAAUCAGUGAUCUGUGUUGAGGGCAAUAUUGCAAGUGGGAAGACGACAUGCCUCGAGUUCUUCUCCAAAACAACAGGGAUUGAGGUGUUACAGGAGCCAGUGCCCAAGUGGAGAAAUGUCCGUGGCCAUAAUCCUCUGGGUCUGCUGUACCGUGAUGCUUGUCGAUGGGGCUUCACGCUGCAGACAUAUGUGCAGCUCACGAUGCUGGACCACCACACUCGUCCCCAGACAUCACCGGUACGAUUGAUGGAGCGGUCGAUUCACAGCGCAAGAUAUGUUUUUGUAGAAAACCUGUAUAGAAGUGGGAAGAUGCCUGAAGUGGACUAUGUGAUUCUGGCAGAAUGGUUUGAUUGGAUUGUGAGGAACAUCGACGUGUCCAUUGAUUUGAUAGUUUAUCUCCGGACCACCCCUGAGACCUGUUAUCAGAGGUUACAGAUGAGAUGCAGGGAGGAGGAGACAGUCAUUUCCCUGGAAUACUUGGAUGCUCUUCACCGCCUCUAUGAGGAGUGGCUCUUCAAAGGAGGCCUUUUCCCUGUGGCAGCCCCUGUUCUGGUGAUUGAGGCUGACCACGACAGGAAGAAAAUGUUAGAACUCUUUGAACAAAACCGGGACCGCAUACUAACUCCAGAGAAUCAGAAACAUGGCUCAUAG